AGUGCCGGGAGGGGAUGUGCCUACACGAGAGGCUCUCAGCAGAGCCAGGGGUAACUAUCAGCCUUCACGUUGCUUUCCAGACUGGAGCAAAUUGGGCAUUUGGAUGGUUUGCCGUUCCACGAGGUCAAACAUCAAGGAAGGUGGAGGCUGCGAUGAUGAACUUACGGAGUCUGCACGAUCAACUUAUGCGCCAGGCUGAAGUUUUAAGUGAAGGAAAUGAAUAUCAGUUUAUUCAGUUAGCGAAGAACUUUGAAGAGCAUCGCAGAAAAUGGCAGAAAACGGAGCAUGAGCUUGGCAGGUACAAAGAUCUUCUCAUGAAAACUGAAGCAGAACGGAGCGCUUUGGACGUGAAGCUAAAACAUGCUCGCAAUCAAGUGGAUGUGGAGAUCAAACGAAGGCAAAAAGCUGAAACGGACUGUGAAAAGCUGGAGCGGCAAAUGCAACUGAUUCGGGAGCUGCUCAUGUGUGAUGCCUCCGGGAGCAUUCAGCUAAGUGAAGAACAGAAGUCUGCCCUCGCCUUUCUUAACAGGCCACAGGUUUCUGUAGGGGGUUCAGGCAACAAGAGGCUGUCUACAAUAGAUGAAUCUGGCUCAAUUCUGUCAGACAUCAGCUUUGACAAGACUGAUGAUUCACUGGACUGGGACUCCUCUGUGGUGAAAGCUGUCAGACUGAAAAGGAGAGAGAAGCGGCGGUCUUCCAGGCAGUUCAUUGAAGGCCCACCAACUCCUCAGAAGAAAACCAGAUCCAUUGGCUCCACAGUGGACCAGGGAAAUGAAUCCAUAGUGGCAAAGACAACUCUCAUGGUCCCCAACGAUGGUGGCCCCAUUGAGGCCAUCUCCACUAUCCAGACGGUGCCAUACGGGCUGAGGAGCCAGCGGAAGAGCGGCCCUUUGCAGCCUUGGAGCAGCGAGUCAAGCCUGGGCAGUAAGCAGCCGGAAUCUAAAUCGGAGACUGAUAGCUCUGGCACCCCGCAGCACAACGCGGGAGUGAGGCUGCAUGAUUUUGUUUCGAAGACGGUUAUCAAGCCAGAAUCGUGUGUUCCGUGUGGAAAGAGAGUAAAAUUUGGAAAAAUCUCUCUGAAGUGCAAAGACUGCCGUGUGGUGGCUCACCCGGAGUGUCGGGACCGCUGCCCCCUCCCCUGCAUCCCCACCUUGGUGGGCACUCCUGUCCGCAUCGGGGAGGGGACCUUGAUGGACUUUGUCCCCUCUACUCCUCCGAUGAUCCCUUCCAUCAUCGUGCACUGUGUUAAUGAGAUUGAGCAGCGAGGGCUGCACGAGACGGGCCUUUACCGGAUAUCUGGCUGUGACAAGACAGUGAGGGAACUGAAAGACAAGUUUCUUAGAGCAAAAAAUGUUCCUUUGCUCAGUAAAGUGGACGAUAUCCAUGCGAUCUGCGGCCUUCUCAAGGACUUUCUACGCAGCCUGAAAGAGCCUCUUCUCACUUUCCGGUUAAACAAGACUUUUAUGGAAGCUGCAGAAAUCUCAGAUGAGGACAACAGUAUCGCUGCCAUGUACCAAGCGGUUGCUGAACUCCCUCAGGCCAACAGGGACACCCUGGCUUUCCUCAUGAUCCACCUGCAGAGGGUGGCUCAGAGCCCAGACACUAAAAUGGAUGUUACCAACUUGGCCAAAGUCUUUGGCCCCACAAUAGUGGCCCACGCGGUGCCUGACCCUGACCCCAUGACGCUGCUGCAGGACACGAAGCGACAGCCCAAGGUGGUGGAGCGACUUCUGCUGCUGCCCGGGGACUACUGGAGCCAGCUGAUGGCCGUGGAGCAGGAAAACAUUGACCCCGCACAUGUAAUUGAGAACAGCAAUGCCUGCUCCACUCCGCAGACACCAGAUAUUAAAGUGAGCAUUCUUGGACCCCUCACUACUCCGGAGCAGCAGCUCUCCAAGACGCCGUCGUCGAGCUCCUUGUCCCAGAGGGUCCGUUCCACCUUCAGCAAAACCACCCCCAAAUUUGGGAGCAAAAGCAAGUCAGCAAACCAGCUUGGGCAUCAGGGCAACUUUUUUGCCUCUCCUAUGCUGAAGUGAAGCAGCGCUGGGAGUCGGUGUCGUCCCAGCAUUUGCACACCAGUAUACACCAGUACAGGAAACACAACUCCUCGCCACGGCCCUCGGCAGCUUAUAUAAUAAGAUUUUUUUUUUUCCUUUUAUCUUUCAGCUUAACUGAAACUUUUAAUGGGAUUUUAUUGUGCAAUGUAUUUUUAUUAUCUAAUGUUGUGCUGAAUUUAGGAUCGGCGAAGAAAGUAACUAACAGGAUUUGUUCAAAGUGUUAAUUAAAAAUGUUAGAGGAACUCGUUGACACUUUUCAAUAGCAUCCAGUCUUCCACCCAUACAAACUAGAACAGUCAUAUGGGAGUUUUUUUAAUUUAUUUUUUUUUUUUUAAACUCUAUAGAUUGUUUUUCACACAGCAGUGACACCCCAGGGGAACUCUGUCAGGAUCCAGUCCUUCCAGCAGCCCACCAGUAUGAAAUUGUUGCCUUGUGGUGCAGCCUGCAGUCCUGAGGAUGGCAGUGUUGCCUUUGUCUGAUGGGCCAAAGACACUCUUAAUUAACUGCCAGAGGAACUGGGGCUGCUUCUGAAGAAAUAUUUCCUGAUACUGUGUUUACGAGGGGGAAAUUUUGUAAAGGACUGUCUGUAGAUGCAAACCCAAAGGGUUCCUGGGUGUUCUAAACUGGUGGGGGGGAUGAGGGUAGUUCAGUAGCACCCUUGCUUUUGGGGGUCCCUGCUUCCCCAAAUGGGGGUAUGUGACCUUGCUCAGUGCUGUGUGGAAAAAAAAAA